CACAAGUUAGGUUAAGGCAGUGAAUUGCGGUGGUUUUGGAACUCAAAAGCCAGUGGGAAACAAUAAUCGCAAAACACACACAUACAUCGGUGAGAUGGAAGAAGAAGAAGCUGUUCCGGUCGAAGCAGAAGCAGAGAACUCCGGUGGCUCCGGUGCGGUGAGUCGGGCACGGAAGCUACUGUUUCGGCGAAUGCUGGUGGGGAUCAAAGACGGAAGGUUCUUUCUGGGCUCCUUCUAUUGCAUCGACAAACAAGGCAACAUCAUUCUCCAAGACGCCAUCGAGUAUCGCAGCACGCGCCAAUCCUCCCCUUCUCCCAUGGAACAGAGGUGUCUCGGUCUUAUUCUCAUUCCCUCCUCUUGUCGCACCUCUUGUCACGUCGAUUCCUCUAUCCACGAACACUUCUCUCUCCUCUCGCUUCAUCCACCACCACCGAGUUAGCUAGGGUCUCCUAUGUAUCAGCUAUGCAAAAUUACUUCAUAAAUCUUGAUAUUGUAGCUGGAUUCAUGUUCGCGGAUGGUUAUUAUUUGGUUUUGAUUGCGUGUUCGAAAUCAAGAGAGUUUAUAAUCAAACAAUUCCUAGUGGAGCUCAUUGAUUAUUC